CUUUUCGCGCAACGAAAGCGAACUAGGAGUGGCCAUGAACACUUGCUCUAUCCAACUGGGCGCUUUUCCCCCGGAAACAAUUUAAUUAUAAAUAACAAACGGACAGCGAUUUGGGACACUUUCCUGCAAGACACAAUGCAAAAUCCUACUUCCUACUGGGAGAACGAAAAACAGCAGCAGGAGAGCUGGUUGAACCAACUGAGAGAGAUGAGGGAUGAAAACGACUGUCUGAUAAAACUGCUCACUGAAAAGGACAUUGAAAUCAAACUCAUGAAGAAGAAACUGGAUGAUGAGCGAGUGCUGGCCUUGGCAGGUGCGACGGGCAUAGCAGGCGAUGUGGCCGCCGUCAAGAUUGUGGCGUUGUCCAAGAAGAACCGAGAGUUGACAUCUGAAGUAGAGCGAGAGAGGUCUAAAUCCAAACAAAAUAGCAAUAGAAUCAAGGAGCUUGAUAAACAGCUGCAAGCUGCUCUGCUCUCGCUAUCAGGACAAAAGACUGAUGCCACAAUGCAGAGGCAAAACUCAUUGAAAGACUAUGGGGACAAUCCGGCGAUGAAGUCUCUGAAGGACAAAUUAUCUUCCGCCCAGCUCAAAGUCAUCGAGCAUCGCAAUCAAAUUCAGUUUCUGAAGCAAGAAUUGAAAUUGGCUCAGAAGGUUCUCGUGAGUGAGGUUGGGGAAGACGCCAACAUUCAGCAAUUACUAAGCUGUGCGGGAAGCUUUCGAGGACGUGCGCAGCAGAUACUGGCUCUUCAAUCAAGGGUGCGUGACCUUGAGCAGCAGCUGAAGAAGGCGAUGACGCAAGGGUCCAACGCUCAUAGCGUGCAAGAGGAACCUUCUAAAACUUCAACUCAGGGCAGAAACAUCAGCUUCAUCCGCACAAUGGAGAAGGAGAAGAAGGAAGCAUUUGAGAGAAUAUCUGCAAGCUAUGAAGCUCUUCAGAAAGAACACGAAGACAUGAAAAAGAAACUGGAAGCCUCCAGGGCUAGGAUCAAAUGUCUGUCUGAGGAAAAGGCUGCUCAGAUAUCCGCUGCAUUGGUUAAAAGUAAACACGACGACGAGCUGGUGGAAGCUCUGCUGAAGGAGAAGGCUCAGAUGCAGGAGAUGCUGAAUCAGCUCAGCAAACAACUGGAGGUGCAGAACGCGCCGGCCCAGCCGAACCCGGCCCCGCCGCUGAGCAGCGAACUCUUCAUGCAGACCACACUCAUCCAGAACUUGUACCAAGUGGUCGCCGACAAAGAGGACACCAUCAAGGAGUUAGAGGAAAAAAUACAGCAGUUCUCACUCAAGGAUGUACAAACUCAGGCCAGCAUCAACAUCAGUAAACUUUCUCCUGAAGAGGGCGUUACAGACAACAAAACAUCUCCACGUUCUGCCUUUGCUGUCAACGGGCCAUGGUAUUUGUAGACAUUUUCAUCAUCAGAAGAACCUCCGUGAGCAACAGCUAUGAACAACAGUGGACCAACCACAGCAACUGAGAUGAAGAGUCCCACCGCUUAUAAUGACAUUCUAUGGACUCGUCCGUGGGUGAAAUUUUGCGGAACCCGAAUAGGUAUUCGCUUGCAGAACAUGGGCAGCAGCGUGACAGUGGUGUUCGAGGAGAGUAAUUGGAUUGCUGGAGCGUGGUAAGAUGGAGAUGUGGCGUUUUACUCCCUGUUUCCCCUUCCACCUUGACAUCCUUCUUCACGACCGAGGCCCUGACGUAUCAGGUACGAGUAAGUGGGGGUCGUGCUUAUUCAGCUAUUCGUAGUAAGGGCGUGCUGAAGAUGCUAAUGUCGCUUUGGAGAUGGCGGCUGGUCGUCGAGCUGGAGGAAAAGGGAACCGCCGAGGGCAUCGCUUGGUGGCAGUGACCUCUCAGCUUUAACACUGACGUGAUGUGACAAGUCGAGCGCGGCUUCCUGUAGGCUCUGUGACUUGGCGCAACUUGGCCUUGCUGCUCCUGGUCGCGUUCUUACCUUCUCAUGCCACAUGUGACGAACUGCAGCCGGCGGUAACAGGCUCCUCUCCCUCCCUCCCUUUCUCUUCGUCUUUUACUCCUUUUACUUCCACCACUCGACCGUGCCCUUCUUAUGCCGUUUUGAAGCCCUACGAAGGUCGACUGUGAUGGUUCUUUCCUUGGGUGCCCUCUGCGA